AGAUAUCUGAUACAGAUCUGUAAUCUCUAAGAUCUAUAUAAAUGCAGAACUGGAUUCAACAAUGUGGUCAAUUGUGCAAGGCGUAAUACAAUUUAGGCUACCUGGAACGCUACUAUUGUCCAAUCUGUCUGCACGAGGGAAUGUCGCUCUGGCUGUCAUCCUUCCCUGGAGCUGUCAGUUGACAGUACAACACCGAGCCGAAAGCAUCGUAGGAAAGAACACAGUUUUGAUAAAACGUAGAUUUUAGAUUUCUCCUCUUUGGCACUGGAACGGUUGGGCCACUGUCAUAUUUCGAGGCUGACCAACAAACGCGUAGGAGGGAGAAAAACCAAAAGGACUGAAUAGCUAGCUAGUUAGCAAGCUAACGACCGUUAGCUUUGGCCAGUGCUGUGUGUGCAGUACCAGUAGGCAGGCGAGCUUGCGUUGGCAUUUUAGUGUAGUUGGUUGGGAAAAUGAUUGCUACGGUUGCAUUAACAUGUUUAUUUUAUUUCACCAUUGCUGUGUUAGCUUCCUAAAUGUUUUGCCUGGAUGCGUCCAGUCAGUAGCUUGGUUAGCCAGAGAGCAAUGCUAAAUGACGACGUCGACUCAGUGAGGCUGUCGUGUCGGGGGUGAGGAGUUUGAGGAAGGAAGAGGUGACUUACGAUGUUGGGGGGAAGUGUUGGGUUAAUGAGCUAGUGGUGCGUUAGUUGACAGUGAAGGAAAUAACGUUAAUAUUUUACAAUACAUUAUCAACGACCGUAAUUUCGUUAACCAGCUAACUAAAAGCUAAUGCAAAUUAGAGAGGCUAGGUAAUACAGAAAAUACUAUUGUUUUCGGCUUGCUCGCAAGCUAAAUGCAGAGGGAGGGUGAUCAUUGAGUGGCUACUCUCUCAGCUCCAUAAAUAACUGUCACUGACUGAGUGAUAUCCAGCCUAUUUCACAUAACUAAAGAUGGCUACAGCGAGCAGCAUUGCCGCAUCUAUUGCGAGCAAGACGAAGACGAAGAAGAAACACUUCGUGGCUCAGAAAGUGAAGCUUUUCCGAGCCAGUGACCCUCUGCUCAGCGUCCUUAUGUGGGGAGUCAACCAUUCGAUCAAUGAGUUGAGCCAUGUUCAGAUCCCUAUCAUGUUGAUGCCUGAUGACUUCAAGGCCUACUCUAAGAUCAAGGUGGACAAUCACCUCUUCAACAAGGAAAACAUGCCGAGCCAUUUCAAGUUUAAGGAGUACUGUCCUCUGGUGUUCCGCAACCUUAGAGAACGUUUUGGCAUCGACGACCAGGAUUUCCAGAACUCCCUAACCCGUGCAGCUCCGUUAAACAGUGAUUCCCAGGGUCGGAGUGGGGCUCGCUUCCACACCUCCUACGACAAACGCUACGUCAUCAAAACAAUCACCAGUGAGGACGUGGCUGAGAUGCACAACAUCCUCAAGAAGUACCACCAGUUCAUAGUGGAGUGUCAUGGCAACACGCUGCUGCCUCAGUUCCUGGGGAUGUACCGCCUCACAGUGGACGGAGACGAGACCUACAUGAUCGUCACCAGGAAUGUCUUCUCCCACCGCCUCUCUGUCUACAAAAAAUAUGACCUCAAGGGCUCCACUGUGGCCAGGGAGGCCAGCGACAAGGAGAAGCAGCCACGCCCUCCUGAGGAUGCGCCACCGCGGCCCAAAUCUAACGUUCAGCAAAGGCUGCAAACGCUGCGGAUCGCCACGCGCUUUUACUGCGCCAUGAAACACGUAAGAGACGCCAAGGAGCUGCCCACCUACAAGGACAACGACUUCAUCAACGAUGGACAGAAGAUCUACAUUGACGAUGACAAUAAGAAGAUGUUCCUGGAGAAACUACGUAAAGACGUGGAGUUCCUGGCCCAGUUGAAGCUGAUGGACUACAGUCUGCUAGUGGGGAUCCAUGACGUGGAGCGGGCUGAGCAGGAGGAAGUGGAGAGUGAGGAUAAUGAGGGGGAUGAUGAGGGGGAGAGUGACGGAGGAAUUGGCACUCCCCCGGACUCCCCCAGUAACACCCUGGACAGCACCAAGCCCCUGUCUCCGGGGGAGUUUGACCCCACCAUAGACGUCUAUGCCAUCAAGAGCAACGACAGUGCUCCUAGGAAGGAGGUGUACUUCAUGGCGGUCAUUGACAUUCUGCAGCAUUACGAUGCCAAGAAGAAGGCUGCUCAUGCUGCUAAGACCGUCAAACAUGGGGCGGGAGCUGAAAUCUCCACGGUAAACCCAGAGCAGUACUCCAAGAGGUUCUACGACUUCAUCACCACCAUUCUCUCAUAGCCCCCAGGGGAAGGGGAGGGGGCACUUAGGGAGAGAUGGAGAGAAGGGAUGGGUGAGGGUGGGGUAUUGCGCUCCAUCUCUCCGUCAGCAAAGGUGUCCCUCUCAGCAGCUAAUACCAUCAUUCGUUUACAUACAUCUUCUCCGCUGUUACAUUGAACAGGAGAACUGCUAUUCUAGGUUCUAGUCUGUACUUUUUUAUUAGUUUGUUUUGUUUACUUUGGGAAUGUUUAUUUGUUUUUUUACUGCCUCUUAACACCACGUCCUCAACCUGCAUUGUUUUUGUUUGUUUGUUCUGCAUUCCUGUUUGGGGGGGGUUAGAAUGAGGAUGAACAGAGCUGUGAUUGGAUAACAAUAGUGCGGUCACUCGGAGUAAAUAGUAUAGGAUGAAGUGCUCGUCUUCAGGAAGUAUAGACCUUCAGCCAGACCAUCCAAUCGCCAUUUAGUACAGCCCUGCCCCAGCCAAAGCUACUUUCCUAUUUGUCCCAUCAUCCAUCACUUUCCCUUUAGACCCUCCUCCUGGCAGUGGAUGUUACUCCUCCAUUCUCACCUUACACUGCUAUCCUCCUGUCACACACACUGCUCUCCUCUACCCCUCCCUCCAUAUACAAGAUAAGUUAAGAUGAGUUGUGUUUAGUAAGACAGGGAGCUGGUCAGUAGGGCUGUGUUUAAUAAGACUGGGAGCUGGUCAGUAGGGCUGUGUUUAAUAAGACUGGGAGCUGGUCAGUAGGGCUGUGUUUAAUAAGACUGGGAGCUGGUCAGUAGGGCUGUGUUUAAUAAGACUGGGAGCUGGUCAGUAGGGCUGUGUGUGAUUUAUGACAUCACUGACUGAUCUGGUUUGUCUCAUUCUGGAUAGUUACCAGGAAGUUGGUAUGUGAUUUCCUCUGGGAAAGGGCAGGGCUGUGGUGUGAUCCUUCAUGGACCUUUGAUCCUGCAUUGCCAUCAGCACCUUAAACAAAUCAUUGCACUUUUAUGUUGUUAAACAUAGGAUUUUUUUGUUCUGUUACAUGUGCUGCAACAAAAGCACUGUUAGAAGCUAUCGAACUGUGCCCCAAGAUUUUUGAUGGAGGUGUAGUAGGGAUGAGGGAAAGUGUCUUGACUGUAAGGCACUAGGGAGUAGGAGGGACUACAGGUGGGUUUGGGACAGGGCCUGAAUGUAGUGAGUAGCAGAGAGAGAGGAGGGGUGUGUUCCGGACAGACAGCCCAGUGUUUACCUCUGGCAUCGUACCUGCCUGAACCAGAAUCUUAGCCACAUCUGUCUGUCUCAGGUCUCCAACCCCGGCCCUGAAGAUGUACUGGGUAUGCAGGUUUUUACUCCAGCCCAGCACUACCACACCUGAUUCAGCUCAUUUUGGUCCAGACUAAAGACCUUGAUUAGUUGGUUAUUUGAAUCUGUACGUGUAGUUAUGGAUCCCCAUUAGCUGCUGCCAAGGCACCAGCUAAUCUUCCUGGGGUCUGGCAAAAUUAAGGCAGUUAUACAAUUUUAAAAAACAUUACAAUACAUUCAUAAGAGAUUUAACAACACACUGUGUGCCCUCAGGCCCCUACUCCACUACCACAUAUCUACCAAACAAAAUCCAUGUGUACGAUUGUGUGUAAUGCGUAUGAAUAUGUCUGCACCUAUGUUUGUGUUGCUUCAAGUGAUUUAAAGCUGGGCUGGAACAAAAGCCUGCACACCCAGUAGCUCUCCAGGACCGGAGUUAGAAAACCCUGAGACAUACAAAGAUCUCUACAUAUGGUUCAGGCCUGAAUCGGACAUGUCUCAGGUUUUCAUGAGAGAGGGAGAAGGGGAGGGUGGGGAAGAGGUGCUGGGUUGUAGAAAAAUAUGCUUUUGUUUAAGUGGUGACGUCAUGCCAACCUGUCAGCCUCUCCUUUUAACAUUUGUCUGUUAUUCAGACUUGUUGGUGUUUUUGAAAGGUUGUUUAUCUCUGAAUUUGGCAGGUUUGAAUUGACUUGGUAAAUUUGUAUAUUUUGCACAAAAAGGAACCAAAUGUUAUGCAUCCGAUCCUGACUGGUUGCUGUGGUCUUAACAAGGGAAACACAAUAUCAUUAUACCUGUACCAGAACCAUAUACACACUGAGUGUACAAAACAUUAGGAACUCCUACCUAAUAUUGUUUCACCCCCUUUUCCAUCAGGACAUGGACUCUACAAGGUGUCGAAAGCGUUCUACAGGGAUGUUGGCCCAUUUUGACUCAGACUUCCCACAGUUAUCAAGUUGGCCGGAAGUCAUUUUAGUGGGGGACCAUUCUUGAUACACACAGGAAACUGUUGAGCAUUUAAAACCUAGCAGCAUUGCAGUUCUUGACACAAACUGGUGCGCCUGGCACUUACUAACAUACCCCGUUCAAAAGGCACUUGCAUCUUUU